GUUGUGAUAACAUUUCUAUCGUAUCUGUGUAACCGUCUACUGGAUCUAUGCCAAGAGGGCCGUGCUGCGAGAGUCAUCCAAUCAGUGUGGAGAGAAUACAAACUAAGAAAAACAGUCAAAGAACAAAAACUGAAGAUUGCAGCAGCCAUCAUUAUACAGCGACAUUUCCGUGAUUACUGUCAGCGGAAACGUGAAGCAGAAUUGCAUUGCGUUGCUAUAAGAGUGCAGUCCAUAUGGCGAGGUAAUUUGGCUCGAAAGAAGGUAAAAGAGAUUAGAAAACAACAAUUGAUGAUCAAACAAGAGCAAGCAGCUGUAAUUAUACAGUCCUUUGUUAGAAGAUUUCUGGCUCAGCGUCUCCGAUCACGUGUCAUGUCUGCUGUUGUUCGAAUCCAGUCUACGCUACGUGGUCAUAUUGUACGUGAACAUAUCCAAAAACUGAGAGAAGCUGUCAAGAGAGUUGAAUCAGUUUAUUUUGCGAAGAAAGUUGGGAAGACUGUAAGACAAGAAUUUCUGAGAAUGAGAUUUGCAGCCAUCACUUUGCAGAGUUCUUAUAGAGCAGUGAAGGCAAGAAAAUUAGUGCGUGAGCUUAAAGCCGCUGUGAAGAUCCAAUCAGCUUACAGAUGUUACGUAGCAAGAAAAAGUUAUAAAACCCUCAAAAAAGCAGUCAUCAUCGUUCAAAGUAACAUGAAGAUGAGUAUCCUGAGAAGGAAAUAUAAAAAGAUUUUGAAAUCCACUUUAGUGAUACAGGCAAGAUACAGAGCUUGGUCAGUUGCUAAGCAACAACAACAUGAAUACAAGAAGAUGAAGAUGGCCUGUAUUACUAUCCAAUCU